AUGGCGCCAGAGCUGUACAGGGAAAAAUACAACGAGAAGGUUGACAUAUAUUCCUUUGGAAUGUGCCUACUGGAGCUGGUGACAAUGGAGUUCCCCUACAGGGAAUGCAAGAACAAGGCACAGAUCUUCCGUCAAGUCACUCUGGGUGUGUACCCGGCGGCCCUGCAGAGGAUCGAGGACGCCGAGACGCGCAGCUUCAUCGAGCUGUGCAUCGACCACUACCACGAGCGCCGUCCCGCGGCGCGGCAGCUCAUCAAGCACUCCUUCUUCGACGACGUGCGGCCGGAGCGGCCCGGCAGCCGGGCCGCCACCCUGGGCAGCCUGUCCGACAGCUCCUGCAGGGACAGUGUGGAGGACGCGGGCAUGUUCGCGACCGGAGGGUCCCGUCCCUUGAGGCCCGAUGUGGCGCCCCGGCCCCCAAGCGCCCCCGGCGUCCUCAGCGCCAAGAGCGGUGCCUCAAAGUUCAACCGGCAGCCCAGCGCGCCAGCUCCCCUGCACAGGGGGGCUAGCUCAUCGUCGGAUCCUGAUGGCCCAAUGGUGAGGCACCCCAGCGCGCCCGUGCCGCUGGAGCGCACCUUCAGCGUGCAGGCGCGGGGCGCCCAGGGCUCCGCGCUGGACUUCGAGCUGUGCAUGAUGCAGAACGAGGGCGGGGACUUCCGACGGUUCAAGUUCACGUUCGAUGUGGAGCAGGACACCGUGGGCGCCGUGGCGGAGGAGUUCAUGGAGGAGUUCGGCCUCACGCCCACGGAGACGGACCGCUUCAUGGACCUGUUGAAGAACGAGCUGGAGGCGGUUCCGCCCAGGGAGAGGUUCGUGCCCGUCGGGGGCGACGCGCAGGGCAGGGCGGGCCUGCAGGUCAGGCUGCGUCCGGGCGAGGGGAAGAGCAAGGGCACCGAGGAGAGGGGGCACAAGGACGGGGUGCGGAGGAAACCCACCCGGAAGUUUACGCCCAAGUCGCCCCUGAGAUCGCCUCAGGGGGGCCGGUCGCCGCACAGCUUCAGGAGCCCGAGGGUGUUGGCGGACGAUCGGCUUCCCAGGAGCCCUUACGUCCCCGUGGAUCCGGACGGGACGGAGGUGCACUCCCCGGCCAGGGGCCCCCAGGAGGCGGGCGGGGACCAGGUGGUGCUGAUGCGCAUGAGCGGGCGGGGACGGGGGACGCCCAGCGACCGCAGCCCCUCGCCGCGCGUGCUGGGCGGCUCGCCCUUCGACGGGCUGGAGGGGAUGAAGGACCACCGGCCCAGCAGAGAGGGGCCAGAGGGGCGUGACUUCGCCGUCAAGGCCUACCGCGGGGACCAGGAGCGCCGGCCCAAGCCAAGUGCCCGGCGGCCCGGCCGGGUGGUCAGCCCGGAGCCCGACGACUUUGACGACCCGCACAGCGGGUUCAGGUCCGACCUGCACAGUGGGUUCAGGUCCGACCCCCAGGCGUCCCAGGCGCCUCCCCGCGCGGUCAGCCCGGAUUUUCAGCCCCAGCCGGGGACGCACGAGUGGGGGUGGCAGCAGGAGGGUGCGCCGAGAACGGGGCAGAGUCCGAUGCGCGGCGGGCAGUCGCCAGAGCCGCACUGGGCGUCGGCGAACAAGCCGUACGAGCCGCAGGAGAGGGCGCCUGCCGCGACAGCAAGUCCCGCCCCCCGCGUCCCGAGCCCCGCACCUUAUCAGAGGCAGGAGUACGGCCACCGGGCAGCCGCCGGCAGGCCGCCGCAGGGCGGGGCCGGGGCGGGGCCAUUGCAGGGAUUCGGGUCGCAGGGGUUCGGGUCACAAGGGAUUGGGCCGCGCGCCUCCACGCCGGCGCAGCAGGGGGGACAGGGGCAGAAGUGGACGGAGCCGGGCUUCCACAUGCCGGCGUGCACGCCGUUUCCCAUGGCUGUGAAGAAGAUCCGGACGCUAUUCGGGAAGGGCUCUUAG